GGCGGGCGGGGGGCGCGUCCGCGCGUGCGCGCCCCGCGCGUCUGAGUGGUGGAGCGGCCGUCUGCGGUCUCCCGGGCAGAUGGGUUCCGUGGCCUAGCGUCCCCGUCCCCGCCGUCCGUGAUCGUGCGCCGAGGCCCGCGAGGGGUCGCCGCCGAGGUUCCCAGCAGCCCCCAAGCAAGAGCAUGGCAGCCAUCCCCUCGAGCGGCUCGCUCGUGGCCACCCACGACUACUACCGCUGCCGCCUGGGCUCCACUUCCAGUAACAGCUCCUGCGGGAGUGCUGAGUGCCCCGGAGAAGCCAUCCCCCACCCCCCCGGUCUCCCCAAAGCUGACCCGGGACACUGGUGGGCUAGCUUUUUUUUCGGGAAGCCCACGCUCCCACUCAUGGCCACGGUGCUGGAGUCCCCGGGGCACUCGGAAUCUGCCGGGGCCUCCACCCGCAUGAUCACCUGCGACCUGGCUCAGCAGCAGCCUGGCGGCCAGCCGGGCACACCCAACUGCAGGCCUCCCUCCUGAGAGGCCACCACCAGCUGCCAGGCUUCCUUCCAAGGCGCUAGGCUCCUCAGAGCCCCUCCCCUGCCCUCCCUGUCCUGAGACUCAAGAGCUGCAGCCGGAGGCAGCAGUUGGGUUCUUUAAUUGAGAACAGCACACCACCAAAAAGAAAGUGAGAGAACCCCGCUCUUGACUAUCCCAAGCCACAUGAGAGCCUUUCGGACACGCCGUAACCCUGUGCCUUGCACCCAGUGGAAAAUAAACGCGGAGCAGCCAGCAGGCUGA